UGGGGUACACUGACUGCAGUGCACCCAAAUUCAACAAUUAAAUAUUUUAAGUAAUGGUACAAUUUUAUUACAAGGAAGGAAAGUGUUGAUGGCUGUGUCUAUGGUACAAUGCACUGAAUCAAUGUUCUUAAUGUUUAGYUUCCAAUGUUUGCUAUUUGAAUAAAAGCGAGAGUCUACAAUACCUAUUUUUGAAUUCAAUUUACCAGUACAUGUACCAUGACAUUUUUUAGUUAUUUCUGCUUAUUGAUUGGUUAAUGCAUUUGGUAUUUCACCCUAGAUGACAUUAUAAGUUCUGUAACACAGACACUGAAUAGUAAACAAUAUUAAUCAGAGUGUGUGCUACAGUAUUCAGUCAAGCUGGAAUGUUAUUUUUAUCUAUUUCCAAAACUAAAGGUUAGAGUCUAGCUUGACUUUCAUGCUUUGAAUACAUUAUUAYCAAGCUGUUUAAACCCUGGGUUGGAAUUAAACAUGCAGUAACCAAGGCAAUACAUCUUCUAAAAGAAUCCAUUGAUGAUAAGAGAGGUUUUUCAGUUAUUUGUCUCAGUUGGAUUAACCUGAAUUAAAGGCUAAGAGUUCAAAUACCUCUCUUUACCACCCAUGGCUUCUUUUCAUUCCACAGUUAGUAGAAAUCAUCACAGUACUUAAGGGUACGAAGAGAAUAGAGGUUGUUCAGUUUUUCAUUAAAAAAAUAUACUUUUGUCWUUGUGGUUUUGAGGUCUAAAUAAAGCCUAAGAAAAAAUAUGAAAACUUACAACUCUAUUCUCUUAUUUUGUCUUCAAUUUCMUGUGAAGGAUAACUCAUCUCUUAGUCUAGAGAUACAGGUCUGUAUUAAAUUAUCCCUUUCUUUCCCCUCUUGUUGUUCUUUCUCAUAAAUAAUCAUAGGGUCAAUCAUAGAUGGAGUACACCCGCUGAAGGAAACCAUUUGCUACAUGUUACUGGGGGCAUCAGAAAGACCAACAAGCAUGUCUGCCCAUAAUUCCAGUCCAACAACUUGUUCCAAUUCAUCUUUGCUGGCCCCAUUCUUCUAUGCUGGCCCUAUUUCUGCUUAACCUAGGAUGUCAAAAAAUGCAUGCUACCUCAAAUCCAUUGAGACCCAACCCAGCUUUGCAGUUGCCUGGAGUAACCUUGGAUGUGUAUUCAAUGCUCAAGGAGAGAUAUGGCUUGCAAUCCACCAUUUUGAAAAGGCUGUUCAGCUUGACCCAAGUUUCUUGGAUGCUUAUAUUAACCUUGGGAAUGUUCUAAAAGAGGCAAGAAUAUUUGACAGGGCUGUUGCUGCCUACCUGAGAGCUUUAAAUCUAAGUCCCAACCAUGCAGUAGUGCAUGGUAAUCUUGCUUGUGUAUAUUAUGAACAAGGGUUGAUUGAUUUAGCAGUUGACACUUAUCGUCGUGCAAUUGAGUUACAACCCAAUUUUCCUGAUGCCUACUGUAAUCUUGCAAAUGCUCUUAAAGAACAACACAAGGUUGGUAAGGCUGAAGAAUGUUACAAUACAGCUCUACGUUUAUGUCCCACGCAUGCUGACUCACUUAACAACCUGGCCAAUAUCAAAAGAGAACAAGGAAAGAUUGAGGAGUCCAUCAAACUGUACUGCAAAGCCCUAGAUAUAUUUCCAGAAUUUGCUGCUGCUCAUUCUAAUCUUGCAAGUGUUCUACAACAACAAGGAAAGCUGCAAGAAGCUCUUCUACACUACAAGGAAGCUAUAAGGAUACACCCRACAUUUGCUGAUGCUUAUUCCAACAUGGGUAACCUACUUAAAGAAAUGCAAGACAUCCAAGGUGCCAUCCAGUGCUACACUAGGGCUAUUCAGAUUAACCCUGCAUUUGCAGAUGCACACAGYAAUUUAGCCUCAGUGCAUAAGGAUUCUGGGAAUAUACCCGAGGCAAUACAAUCAUAUCGAACUGCAUUGAAACUAAAAUCUAAUUUCCCAGAUGCAUACUGUAACCUAGCUCAUUGUUUACAGAUCAUCUGUGAUUGGACAGACUAUGAUACUAGAAUGAAAAAGCUUGUGAGCAUUGUUGCUGAACAGUUGGAUAAUAACAGAUUACCUUCAGUACAUCCACAUCACAGUAUGCUAUACCCUCUGACUCAUGAGUUCCGCAAGGCUAUUGCUAACAGGCAUGGUAACCUUUGCGUUGAAAAGGUUGCAUUACUGCGUAAACCAAAGUACACAUACCCCAAGGAUUUGKUAGAGUCUGGUGGGCGGCUAAGAAUAGGCUAUGUGUCAAGUGACUUUGGUAAUCACCCUACAUCUCAUCUYAUGCAAAGUAUACCAGGAUUUCAUGAUAGAAGUAAAGUGGAGGUUUUCUGCUAUGCCUUGACACCUGAUGAUAACACUAGCUUUCGUAAAAAGAUAUCUCAAGAAACAGAGCACUUUGUKGAUGUAUCAUCCAUGGCUUGUCAUGGUGAGGUUGCUGAUAGAAUWAAUGCAGAUGGUAUUCACGUUCUGGUCAACAUGAAUGGAUACACCAAGGGUGCACGUAAUGAGAUAUUUGCUUUGAGAGCUGCUCCAAUUCAGACCAUGUGGCUUGGCUACCCAGGAACUAGUGGAGCCCCUUACAUGGACUACAUUGUUACCGACAAGACAACUUCUCCUCUGGAUUGUGCUGAACAGUACUCCGAGAAGCUGGCAUACAUGCCUAACACUUUCUUCGUGGGAGACCACAAGCAAAUGUUCCCUCACUUGAUGCAGUUUCUAAGGACGGUAUCGAAUGACGGAACCGUCGAGAAUGUCCCCAACGGCUUCAUUCAACCUCACACACUGAGCCGUCUAUUGAACGGAGAGAUUAAUCCAAACCUAUUUAGUAGGAUUCCUUCAUUUGUUGAGGCUAAAAAACAAGAGUACGAAGGRUGUAAAGACAGCGGUGAGAAAAUCCCUAACACAGCAUCAAACACAUGCCGYUCACAGUAUGGUCUCCCAGAGGAUGCUUUCGUCUUCUGCAACUUCAAUCAGCUAUACAAAAUCGAUCCCAAAACCCUGAAGGUAUGGGCGAAUAUUCUCAAGAGAGUGCCCAAUUCUGUUCUUUGGCUAUUAAGAUUUCCAGCGGUUGGUGAAGCAAACAUCAAGGCUGAAAUGACAUCUGAGGGUGUACCUGAAAAUAGAGUCAUUUUCUCGCCGGUUGCUCCAAAGGAAGAGCAUGUUCGACGCGGUCAGUUAGCCGAYGUGUGCCUGGACACACCCUUGUGUAAUGGUCACACAACGUGUAUGGAUGUACUUUGGGCAGGUUGUCCUGUUAUUACACUYCCAUUAGAUACACUAGCAUCGAGAGUGGCUUCGUCACAGUUGACUGCAUUAGGAUGUCCAGARCUUAUCGCUGAUUCACGAAGUAACUACGAAGAGAUUGCAGUCAAACUUGGUGUCGAUAAAGUUUAUUACGAAAAAAUAAGGAUCAAAGUCUGGAAAAAUCGAUUUUUAAGUCCGUUGUUCAACACAAGACAAUACGCACACGACCUGGAAGAUCUGUUCCUUAAAAUGUGGAGAAGAUACGAAAAAGAUGCGGAACCCGAUCACUUAGUAGAUUAAUUUAUUACAUUCCAAUACGUCGUGUUAGCACAACCAAUAAAAGCACCAAAAGGGAAUGGAUGUUAUAUAAUAUCACAAAAUAUAAGAAUCCGAGGGGGAAAACGCGUAUUUGUUCUUAUAUCCCCAGUAAGAAUUAAAAGUCAGGGGUUACGUGUAAAUCACGUUAAGAGUACAAUACCUCACGUCAAGAACACGAGACAAAUGGAAGACAUUGGCGAAUGGAAAACAACCAUUUGUGAAGCUCAUAUAAAAUUAUGCUAUACUGUACUGUUAUCUUUAUGUACACAAGUACCAUAAGAACAUUGAUAACAAACUAUCACAGGACUAAACAAGUCUACUUCAGUCAACUUAUCUCUGAAAAUGAUAAAUAUUCGCUUGUACAAAGUUCUUUUAGGCGAUUAUUCUUUAAUUUUUUUUCCUAAAGGCUACCAAGAGGUUCUUUAUUCAUGAAUGAAUUUAAUAGGGUAAGGUUAAUACUCGUGAAGUAAAGACCUAAUUUUACGUUACAA